AUGCGUAUACCCCUCACACUCUUCGCUCUUGCUAGUACCUGCGUCUCCGCGCUCGCGCUCGACUUCAAGGGCCGCGUACAGUGGAACACGCAAUGUCCAAAUUUGAAAGCACUCGGUCAAACGAAGGUCGUGCUUGACAACGGAAAGUGGAGUGGAGGUGUAACACGGGAUGGCUCCUUCGUAAUACCGGAUGUCCCAGCAGGAACCUACGUUCUCUCAGUGCUCGCGCACGACCACUUCUUCGAGCAGAUGCGCGUAGACAUCUACGAGUCCGACACGCUCCCCGAAGUGCGGCCCUACUUCCCGGGCACACCGCUAUCCCCUGCAGCGCCCGCGACGCUGCCGUACCCGCUCGUGCUCUCGGCGCGCGGGCGAUACGACUACUUCGUCCCGCGCGAGUCGUUCAACGUGAUCGCGAUGUUCAAGAACCCUAUGAUGAUGAUGAUGCUCGGCGCGGGCGUGCUCGUGCUGCUCAUGCCGACCCUCAUGAAAAACAUGGAUCCGGAGGUCAUGGAAGAGUUCAAGGAGCGUCAUGCCAAGAUGACGAACCUCCAGAGCUCGCUACAGAGCGGAGACCUUGCUUCUGGAUUCUCGCAGCUGCUUGCUUCAGGUGACGAACCGAAAGCGGCGGCAUCAGGGCCUUCGAAGGGAGCGAGUUCCGGAGGCGCGAAGCAGCGCAGCGGCAAGGGCAAGAGGAGAUGA